UCAAGAAGCAAUUCAUGUCUGAACGCAUCUAACUUUCUAUAAAAUUUCAGAUUCAUAGCCAGUUAAAGUCAGUUAAGUACUUAUCAUGGUAAAAUUAUUAAAUGCAUCAGUUGGUCCAAGCGACCCUGGCGAGACUCAGCCUCAACUCCUGACAGAAUUACGUUUUGUUCAUGUGUAAUUGUGCUCAGAGUAUAUGCGCGUUAGGCGUUCCACAUAAUGCUGUCUUGCUUGAUUUCGCAGACGGGGCUAUUAUUUUAACUACACGCAAUUAUCCCACAGACUGGGCGACUAAAUUGCUCCACACACAGUUUAGAGCUAGCCCAUUUGAUUGUAUUAAAAGUAUUUGGAUGCAGAGAGGAAGCAUAAAAUAUGAAUUUUUUGACUGUGCUUAUAAUUAUUUUAAGUCUCUUUCCGUACGCAAACCUGAAGUUGAGACUUAUAGUUGUAAAAUCUCCCGUAUGUGACAAAUAUAAUCGAAACUACCUACGAAACAUUUCUAUGGAUUAUCACGACACUAAAUUGAACGCUGAUAUAGACUUGAUCAAACAACUUCAAUCAGGAUUACGCUUAAGCAUGGACUUUUCCACACGCAGGAUACGGUCAUCAUCCUUCACACAUUUUUAUGAAUACUCCCUGGAUUUAUGUAAUAUGUUGUCCACGCAGAAAAACAAUAUCUUCAAGAGGUGGUUCUCCACCUUUUACAAUUAUGGAAACUUUAAAAGAGCGUGUCCAGUUCCACCAAAUUACUACUAUUUGAAAAACUAUAGGAUCAGUGAGCUCGAAGUUCCUCCAUUCCUUUUCGCUGGUCUUUUCCGCUUGGAAUUUCAGAUGAUUCAAAGCACUGCUCAAAGUAAGAAAAAGGAUCACAUUUUUAGCUGCGAAGUAGAGAUCGAAAUCAAAUAAAACAAGUAAGAAAGCUCUAGUUGAGACUGCUCGACUA